AUGGCUCAUCUUUACCACCAGUCGUCGUUGGAGGGCAUAAUCAACUUUUCCCCCCAGCCGCUCUCGGAAAGCCAGAGAGAACGCGCAGCUACGAUAUUUCAUACAGUUGUGGAUCACUUCCGGCAAGAGGAACUUGCCUCUGGCUCUCCUCCAAGAUACAGCCGCUUUCUCCUUGUCCAUCAUUCGUACAGCUUUUCACUGCCGGGUCCCUCCCAGGACGCCUUUCUCCGGGUGUUUUUUGAUGCAAUGGGGAUCGAUAUCGAGACAGCCCCAGCCCCAGAUUUCGCCAGCCAAGCUGAUGGCCUGCGCAAGAACUUAACCGCAUUUGCAGACUUUUUAUUUGACAGCUUCUUUCUCCCAAUACGAGCAUCUGGGGGUUGUACCUCACAACCUUCCCCAGCUCAUAUGUCGGCUCUCCAAAGAGUCCUAGCAUCAUAUGAGCAUAUCCCGACCCCAGAACGGGUGGCUGCUCUCCGUCAGUUAUGUCUCAUUCGCGACCACCACAAAUGUGUCGUUUCCCAUACAUUCGACACAUCGGAAGCUAAUAAGCGAUUACGCCAACAUGGAGACAACGCUGAAGAUGAUGACGGAAAUCGGCUAUUAGGGGAGCACCAGGACCGUAAACCUAAGGUUGGGCACCUUGAAGUAGCACAUAUUAUCCCGCAUUCGCUAACCCAAGCUGGUGCGAAUGGCGAGCUGAGCGACGCGAAGAAGGCUACGCUUAUGAUGCUCAAUAUGUUUGAUUUUAACAUCUCUCAUAUUAUUGACGGCGUUAAUAUUGACAAACCAUUCAACGCAAUAACCCUUACUCUAGACCUUCACCGAUAUUUUGGCGAGUUUGAAAUCUUUUUUACGCCUAUAUCUGACAAGCAUCACACAUAUAGGAUUGAGUCACUCCUUCCUGGUGGGCUUAUACAGGAACUCCCUGUUACCCGCGAAUUAUACUUAACUGAGGACCGAUCGAUUGACCCUCCGCUACCUCGGCUUCUUGCACUCCACAGAGCCAUUGCACUUAUUCUAAACUUAUCUGGUGCUGCAGAACCCAUAGACAAGGUCCUUAGGGAUAUGGAGGAUCUGGCUGUCAGCACUUCAGGGUCAACGGAGCUUGGACGGCUCGUGACUCUAAAAAUGAAUGGAUGGUUUGACCGUCCUGCGAUUCUGAAACCAACCUGGAUAUAG